GAAAUGGAUUUUGAUUUUAUUAUUGUUGGAGGUGGCACUGCUGGAUUAGUCUUGGCUAACAGAUUGACAGAAGUACCAGAAAUCAAAGUACUUGUCAUCGAAGGUGGCCCAGAUGAUAGAGACUACCCACAAGUACUCCAGUUAAAGUCUUGGAUGAGUUUGCUCGGUGAUCCAAAGUUCGAUUUGAUGUACACCACAACUGAGCAGCCGAUGGGCAACUCACACAUUCUCCACUCCAGAGCAAAGGUCUUAGGCGGUUGCAGUUCCCAUAACACUCUCAUAUGCUUCAGACCAUUCCCACAGGAUCUCGACGAGUGGGUCAAACAUGGCGCAGUCGGAUGGGAUUCCGAGACGAUUCAACCAUACGGUGACCGCCUCCUCAACCACAUUCAGCCAGCCCACGAGAAGGACAGGAACCCUAUCAUGGGUGACUGGAUAGAAAGUUGCCAAAAGACAACUCAGGUGCCAAUUAUUGAAAAUUUUGACGGUUGGUCUAAAACUCGCUACACAGAGGGUACAAAAGUCUGGACUGAGGGUGUCGGUUGGUUAAGCAUCGCUUACACCCCUGAGGACGGUCAUCGUUCAUCUGCCUCUGUCGCCUACAUGCACCCUAUCAUUGGCAAAAGGCCAAAUCUUCACCUCAUGUUGAACACUUGGGUAGAAAAAUUGAUCAUUGAGGGAGAUAGGAUUUGUGGUGUCGUAGCAACACCUGAAAAUGGUCAGAGAGUUACUCUUAGAGCCAAGCACGAAGUAAUCUUGUCAGCCGGUGCGAUUGACUCUCCUCGUUUAUUACUCCUUAAUGGAAUUGGACCUGCUGAGCAGCUCAAGGAGCUUAACAUUCCCCUCGUAGCCGAUCUUCCAGUCGGUGAGAACCUCCUUGACCAUCCAGAGAGCAUCAUCAUGUGGAGUCUUCAUGGUCCACUUGAAGAUAAGACUGUCAUGGAGAGUGAUGCUGCACUCUUCAUUCAAAGAGUCAAAGAAGAGGGUGAAACCAGACCAGAUUUAAUGUUCCACGUCUACUCCGUUCCUUUUGCUGACAACACUGAGCGUUUGGGAUACCCUCGCCCAGAAAAUGCUAUCUGCAUGACACCUAACGUCUGCAGACCUAAGUCCGCAGGUAGACUCUACCUUACCUCCUCAGAUCCGAAGGUUAAGCCGGCGCUCGACUUUAGAUACUUCACCGAUCCUAAGCGUGAAGAUGAAAGGACUAUCAUUGAUGGUAUCAAGAUUGCUAGGGAGAUUGCCAAACAAGAACCAUUCUCGAAGUGGUUGAAGGAGGAAGUCGCUCCUGGCCCAGCUGUCCAAUCUGAUGAAGAUAUUGGUGCGUAUGGUAGAGCAGUCCACCACACCGUCUAUCACCCAGCUGGUACUUGUAAGAUGGGUGCAGCUAAUGACCCAACUGCUGUACUUGAUCCUCUUUUGCGAGUUAGAGGUUUGAAAGGAAUCAGAGUUGUCGAUGCGUCAGUCUUCCCAACUAUGGUAACAGCCAACCCAAUGAUUAGUGUUGAGAUGGUAGCGGAGAGAGCUUCCGACUUAAUCAAAGCAGACUACUACCGUCGUACAACUGCCACUGCACACCUCUAGAGUGACUACGAAUAAAGAAACACGAACACCCCGGAUACUUAGACAUAAAUUAUUGAAAAUACUUAGAAUAUUCAGGAAAACUUUACAAAAGCCUCACUAUGUAUAGAAAAAAUUACAUGGAUAUUACACUGUUUGAUUCUUUGUUUAAC